UCCAAGUGCAAACAUUAAGUUUAAUCAUAAGAACAACAUAAAGGUUUAAAAUAGACAUCAACCGUCAAACAAAAAGGUUUAAUAACUUCAAGGUACACAUCCAAUAGCAGGUAGUUCAACCUCAAAAUAAUAUUCUUCUACUAGUAAUGCACCAUAAGUAAAAAGUAUGUAGUAAUAAACAGAACAGUAAUAUUUGUAAUUUACUAUGAACAAUUAAUAACAUAAUCAGCGGAAUACUAUUUCCUUAUUGUGAAAUCAAACAACAAAUACAAUCACAAACAAAUAAUAAAUAUAAAAAUCGACUAAAGUAGUAAAAUAACAACUGCUCGAAUUGGCGUGAUCCACAAUAUGUAUAUUAUGCAAGACAAAUAUCCUAACAAGAAUUUUCUGCCCGGAACGUCGUCUGACCACCUCCAUUUCGGGUAAAAAAAAUUGAUGAUAUAUUGUGCGCAUGUUAUGCAUGAAGUGUAGAUUACAUCCACCAAAUUUCAGCUUAAAAUGCAAUCGGAAGUGAGUUAAAUAAAAUAUUGAAAAACAUUGUGUUUUUUUUUAUAAAAUGUAAAUAUAUAUAUAUCCAGAAAAAUAGCAUAAGUAAAAUCAGUAACCAAAAGGGGCUAGUCUAUAAAAGGCCAGCCCAUAAUCAAAAUCCAGUCAAAGGACCACAUGUCCAUCAAAUCCACCAGUCCAAGCCCAAAAAGAAAACCCAUCCUUGCAUUCAAAAAAAAACUGCCUUGCGUCAGUAAGCAUCCAGCAGCACAAGCGAAGCCCAAUUCGCAUCAAAAAGGCCCAAGUCCAACCCAACCCAGCUGCCUGCGACCAAGGGUUUCUCCUCGUAAGCUCCAGCGCCGCACCAGCAUAUUUCGAAUUUCAAAAUUUGAAUUCGGUCAAACAUCUGACAGGCUAUCCAAACCCGUACCCCCCUGUCCCAGCCCCCCACCUGGUUCGGCGACCCUAGGCUCCCCGGUGAGCCAAAACAACCAAAAACACAAACCGGAACAGUAACCAAAGCCAAACCGACGGUCCUCAUCCCACUCCCCACCCCCGUUGAGCCCCGGCAGCCCUCAACGACGUUGGUAGACAGCGUUUAGAGGCGGAAUGACAGUAGCCGGAAACCACAGUCAGAAACAAAGCACAACGAACAGGCGGUUCCAACUCCCCGUGGCCGGUCGUCUUCUCCGGCGAAACCUGUACGUCGUCGAAUACCUUAACAAAUCCAGACGGGAGAGUCAAGUUGGGGAGCCCUCAGUCGCGAAGGGAUAAACUCCUACCUUCUUCUCCGGUCCAAAACCGGCAAUCCGCCAUAGAACCCAACACGAAUCCUCUGCAACGCCACGAACCAAGAGCCUACCACUUCGCCUUCCAGGAUUUCCGUUUCGCACCAGACCAGUAGCCAUCACCUUUACGUCACCAACUCAAAACCUGGACCCCGGCCGCCAUCAGUGGUGGCUCUGAAUCCAGCGCGGCUGGAUUUCCUUUCUCAGCAGCGGAUGAAGCUCGGCAGUUCCAGCGGUUCCAGCAUCAUCAAAACCGUAAAAGAUCAAUUAUCAAACACCAACCAGUCAAGAACAUCCCACCAAAGUGGGAAAUUUCCCAAAAAAAUUUCUAGAACAUCAAGAAACCCAGCCCACCGGAGCCAGGAGGGUCCCGGCGGCGGCAACCACCGUGAGUGGCGGCGCCGAGACGAACCGAGGGGGAAGAGAGAGCAAAUUAGGAUCGGAUUCCUAGUGAGAGACGCUCUCAACUCUCUCUAGAACCCUUUCAUCUUAUCAUACCGAGUUCUAAACAUUGUGUUUUGGAGGUUGCUUCCUGCACCCCCAAAAUUUCUUAAU